UUGUUUUAUUUAUAUCCGGGUACACCGGCUGAAGCAGAAGGGCUGUAGACCACAUGCACAACGGAGCAUGCUUUAAGGCCGUCUGGCUACGUGACAACAUCUUGUAGGCAGCAGAGGCUAAGCCAUGGUGGUGAAGAAGAAAACUACUAAAGUGGAAGCGGUGGCAUUGGAUGAGGAGAAGCUAUGCAAGCUUAUAGCGUCCCUCUCUGUAGAUGGAGGAGCAGAUGGAGUCAAACAGCUGGCCCAGACCCUGCAGUCCUGCCUAGAGCUGACUGAUCCCGUGCAGCAGAUCCAGCUGAUCAAAAAGGCCGGGUCCCAGUUGGAGGCUCUGAGUGAGGAACAAGCUGGCGGCGCGCUGGAUGCCUGUCUGAACGCCCUAGCGCUGGUCUACACCUCUGUGCGGGCGAAGAACCCCCUGAGACGGGCCGUCGCCAGCGCCUUGGGUUCAGUGCCUGAGGGGCUUCAGGGCCGGGCUGUGGACCGCCUGUCCGCCUGUUUGUCCGACUGUCUGUCCAGUCCUGGUCCAGAACAGCAUCCACGCGUCAUCGACACCAUCUCCGCCUGCCUGGACGGCUUCCCGCUCGGCGAGAGAUGCAUUAACGAGCUGCAGCUUCAAGUGUUAAAGUUCAUCUGCAAGGUUCUACAUGAAUACCUUCACCAGAACCGGGGUCUCGCAGGCCGCCACAUCGCUCAGGCCCAGCUGAUGCAGUCCUGCCUGGCCGCGGUGAAAACCUCCAUGCUGGUGCUGCAGAGAUGCCCGGACGGCCUCGGCGACGCGCUGCCGGCCCAGCAGGACGCGCUGGGCGGCCUCCUGAGCUGCUACACGCACAUCCUCACAGACGAAGAGUUCAUCCAGGCGGUUCAGAGCACAGCAGGCAUGGCCGUGGUGCUGCUCGUCAGGUCCGCCAUGGGCUCUGGAGACGAAGUCGCCGCUGUGGUGUGCAGUUUGCUGCGUGGCUCGGUCCAGGGUUUGGAAUCGGCCCCUCGGUGGCUCCGGCAGAGGUGUGAGGGUCUGUGCGCGGGCCGGCGGCCUCCGGGCGUCUCUCUGUACCUGUGCCACGGCGCUCUGGCCAUGCUGAGCUGGAAGGCCUCCCUGCCUGGGCCUCGGUGGGAGGAGCUGCUGCUGUUGGUGCCGGAGACGCUGCUGGACCUGGAUGCCAGCGUAAAGGAGUCCAGUACAGCCAUGGUGGUGGCUCGGGUCUUGACCCUGUGGAGCGGCGCCGCCCUGGACUGCCUGCAGGAGGAGAAGCACCUCUGCCCCCCCGGCCUCCGGGCGGCGCUCCGCGGAGGCUCCGAGCUGCAGCGCCACCUGCUGGAGCACAUCUACUCCCACUGGGAGCACCCUCUGGACGGCGUCCGCCACCAAACCCGCUCCCUGUUCCACAACCUCCUCCUCCUGCACCGGCACACGAUGCCGACGGCCGCCUCCGACCCGGCGGAGGACCCGUACGUCGCAGAGCUCACCCACAGCCUGCUGGGCUUGGAGUGGCACAUGAGGGGGAAGUACGGCGCCCUGGGCUGCCUGGUGGAGCUCCACGGGGCGGAGCGCCUGCUGAGCAUCCAGCCCCAGCUGCCGUCGCGUCUCCUGGACCUGAUGGGCGAUCAGAGCCUGGCUCCUUACGCCAGCGACCUGCUGGAGAGGCUGUUCGUCAGCCACAGGGCCCAGCUGGCGGGAGGAGGAGCCCCCGAGGAGACGGAGGGCUGGGUAGAGCGUUGGCACCGCACGUGGGUGGACCCUCUGCUGCACGUCCUGUGUGACAGCAGGCCGGACCAGACCACCUACAUACUGGACUACUUCCUGCCCAAGCUGCUGCGAUGCAGCCCCUCCAGUCUGGCGCACAUGGUGCAGGCCCUGCAGGAUUCCCCGCCCUGCAGGACAGGUUCUUCAUCCAGCAGAGGAGCUCUGGGAGCCUUGAUGACCUGCCUGCGGGCAGCCAGAGCUCAGGGGGUCGCCACAUCCUCAGGGGAGGGUCUGUGGGGGGGAUUGAUCCCGCUCCCCUUGUUGCAAAGUGCACUUAUCCACAAACAUGACCAGGUGAGGAUGGACGCUCUGGGUUUGGUGUGUGAGAGCCACCGCAGCACGGAGGUCCUGACCCUGCAGGAGAUGGAUCUCAUCCGCCAUUUCCUCCCUCCCAACCUGAACAGCCAGUCGCCCGGCGUCAGGCAGCAGACCGUCAGCCUGCUGAAGAAGUUGCUCUGCAGGGUGAAGGACAGCAGCCAGCUGCUGCAGAAGAGACUCGUCCAAGAGCGAGACCAGGAGGGCCGAGCCCAAGACCAGCGCUCCCUGCAUCAGUACAAGGAGUUUCUACGCUGGCUGUGUGGGAACCUGCUGGAGGUUUUGUUUCCUGGAGCCUCCUUCUCCAAAUGCCUCAUGUCCCUAAACCUGCUGAAUCUGCUGGCUCAGCUCUUCACCUUCACUGCUGAGCCCGACGUGUUCGCCCUCGGUGAGGUGGUGACUCCCGCACAUGCUCAGAACGUACUCUACUGCGUGGCCAGCAAUUUCCUGGAAGUCAAACAGCUGGCCACGUCGUUGCUCAGGCAGCUUCCUCCAUCCGCCGUUGGACUUCAGGAGCCAGAGGCGAUGCGAUGUCUCCUUCAGGCUUCUCUGGACCUCAGCACCAGCACCAAACCCUACGACAGCGUUACAGCCGCCCAUCUCCUCCACCUGCUGCUCCAGCAGCGGGAGCUGAUCCCGGUUCUGCUGCGAUGUGCCCAGGAUCAAGGCCUGGACCUCCAGAUCCGUCCCCCGGUGCCUCAGACCCCGGAGACUCUCGUCCUAGAGCUCAACACGCUGGCUGUGGUCCAGUUCCUGCUGCGCCGUCUGCAGGCAGAACUAUCCGGAGCCGAGUCGUCUCUGCUGCAGGCGGCCGCUUCGUUUCCGCUCUACGGCAGAGCGCACUGCAUCACCGCCGUCCUGCAGCAUCUAAACACCGAAUGUUUGAGUCAGACGGAGCAGUGGAGAGGCCUGGUGUCGGAGCUGAUUGCUGUGUGCUACAGGAUGUCUGACGUGGUCUCCCCAGUGGUCCAGAGCUCGUCCCCAGAGGGACUCAUCCCCAUGGAUUCUGACUCCGAGACGUCUGGAGGUCUGCAGAAGAUCCUGCAGGAGAUUCAGCCCAGAGACACCAAUGACUUCUUCAACAGCGCCAGAGAGCUGGAAACAGCCCAAGGAGAAGAUCAACCUGGGUCCAAGACCCCCCAGACACCUCCACGAAACGCAGAUGGAGAGGGCUACAGGGUGACGGCUCAGAUGGUGCUGGUAUGUUGCUGGCGGAGCAUGAAGGAAGUGGCCAUGCUGCUCGGUCAGCUCUGUCAGAGUCUGCCUCUGCACUACACCAAUGAAAAGGAGCUGACACACCCCGGACUCAUCACAGAGGAGCAGGUGGAGGGGGUCGGCCUCUACUUCCGCCAGCAGCUGCUGCAGUCCCGGCACCGAGGCGCCUUUGAGCUGGCCUACGUGGGCUUUGUGCGGCUCACCGACAUGCUCUGCAGGAGCGGCAGCCGGGCCUUGCAGCAGCUUCCCUCUCGCUGGCUGUCUGAGGUUCUGGAAGAGGUCAAAUGCAGCGAUCCGACAUCAAAACUGUGUGCCACCCGACGCAGCGCCGGGAUACCCUUCUACAUCCAGGCUUUGCUCUCUUCAGAGCCAAAGUCAUCCAGCUGCAGUCUGCUGAAGAUGACGAUGAGGGAGCUGAUCGCUCUGGCCACGCCGUCUGCUGACCAGAACACCGACGGCUCCACCGUGCCUCAGGUGCACGCUCUGAACAUCCUCCGAGCUUUGUACAGGGACACUCGUUUGGGGGAAAACGUCAUUCCCUUUGUCUCAGAUGGAAUGCAGGCGGCUGUGCUGGGAUUCACCUCUCCUGUGUGGGCGGUGAGGAACUCCUCCACUCUUCUCUUCAGCACUCUGAUCACAAGGAUCUUUGGCGUGAAGAGAGGGAAAGAUGAACACUCAAAAAAGAACAGGAUGACCGGCCGGGAGUUUUUCACUCGUUUUCCAGCUCUCUAUCCGUUCCUCCUGACCCAGCUGGAAGAAGCUGCAGCCACUGUGGAAAGCGACAGCGGUCACGUGAAACUACACCCCAGCCUGUUCUUGCUGUUGCUGGUUCUCAGUCGCCUCUACCCUUCUCCUAUGGAUGGAUCAUCGUCUCUGGGACUCGCUCCUUUCAUGCCCUUAAUCAUAAGAUGCAGUCGCUCCGCCGUGUAUCGCACCAGAGAAAUGGCGGCGCGGGCUGUCGUCCCCUUCGUGCUGGUGACCCAGGUCCCCUCCACUGUCCACUCUCUGCUGCAGGAGCUCCCUCCAGAACCAAGGCCCAAAAUCCAACACAACCACAUCCAUGGCACUCUGCUGCAGGUGCUGUUUCUGCUGCGCUCCUUCCAGACUGACUCACACAGACCCCUGCCAGCAGGAAGUGGCAUCGGAGAGGCCCUCCGUCAGCGCAUGUGGCUCGCCUCUAGGCAGAAUUCCUGUUUGGUGACCAGAGGAGCCUUUUUAGAUGUGCUGAUGUGUCUUUGUGGGUCGAACACCAGCCUUCUGGAAGAUUCGGAGGUCGGCGCUCUUCGUCAGUCUGCGCUCUCCGUUCUAAUGGCCUCAGAACUGAUCACCCCCGACUCUUCCUCGGCUCUCCUUGGCCCCGGCACCACGCAGUACCUCCUCAGCCUCGCCCAGGUGGGGCUCAGUGCGUGUGUAGACUUUCCUGAUCUGUGGAGAGCCUUUGAGCAGAGAAAGCAGCUUCUGGACAGUCUGCUGCGUAGCUCACAUUACGAGGUGAGGGAGCUAACGCUGGAAAUCAUCCUGAGGAAACUGCACGAGGAGGAGGAAAACGAGAGGAGCCCUCUGUGGCUGGAUGAGACCACCGUGUCUGACCUGACCAACAUGGCCGUUCGUGAGACACGCCACCAGUGUUUGGCGAAGGUCCUGCAGGUGUUGUGCAUGUUGAGCUCAAAGUGUGAGCUCUUGUGGAAAGAUGGUGCAAAGACUUUGUCCCAGAAGGAGGUCCUUAUGCGCCUCAUUACUCUGGCUGAGAACUUUACUCACAGUGUGGCGCUCCUGUCUGCUGCGCUGACGUUGGCCUCCCAGCUCGUGGUGGAGCUGGUGAGCUCUGAUCAUCAGGAUCCGGACGCAGCGGGCUGUUUAGCUCAGUGGGGGGCUCUGGUGUCCUCCUGCUGUGGUGAGGAGCAGCCGGUGGAGGUGAAGCUGAUGGUUGCCAAGGUGCUGGUCGCCUGCUCAUCCUCCCUGAUGACCGACCCCCGCCUGCCGCUGGGUUUUCCUGCUACCGUGUCGCUGUGGAGGAGUCUGUUCACGCUGCUGCAGGAUGAAGACCAGGAUGUCAGAGACUCUGCUUCCGACUUCACAUCCCGCCUGCCGACUCACCUGCUCCAUAAAGAUGCUGCAGGUGUGUCCGUUUGUGCUCCAGCAGCUUUGGACCUGGGCGUGGAGCUCCUGUGUCGUAUGUUCCAGCUCUGGGGGCAGCUGGCUGCGGGGGUUUUUGCCCUCACCCGGUGGCUGAUGGGAGAUGAAGAAGGCAACGAUCAGGAGGACGCAGACGAAUCUUCCUGUCUGGAUGAAGUGGAUUUCCUGUUUGAGAAGGGCGAGCUGAACCUGUGGGCCGAGCCGCUGCAGUGGGUGAAGCUCCUUCACCGGCACCUCUGCUCCCUCAUCGUCGGCCUAGAGCAGAACGAGGGCGCAGGAACUGUCGAUCUGGGUCAGGUCCAUCAGAUCCAGAGCCAGGCCCGAGCCCAAGUCCUCCUCUCCCAGCAGGCUCUGGGCCGCCUCCCGCCACUGCCGCAGUUCUCCUGCACCGCGGAGCACGUUCGGCUGACGCUGCGGCACCGCAGGGCCGAGCUGGCCCUGGAUGUGCUCGGCAGGUUCAAACCAACAACGUCGUGUUUUUAACAUUCUAGACUUUUUAAUGUCUUUUUUUUUAACAUUGCUGCUGGAUUUGUUUUAUUUAAUUGUUGAAUGUUGAAUCUUUCCUUGUUGUUACCUUAUUAAAACCCCUUUUUUUAAUCACAUAGGCUCCUUUUUCCUGAAAUGAAACUGAAUCUGCUCUAUUCAGUCUUUUCAGUUUUCCAUGUAACAAACUUAUUGUAUUUUAUUAAGAUUUUAGAUGAAAGGCGAACCCAGAGCAGUGCCUAAAUGUGUAAGGACAAUGAUAUUGGCUUUUAAAUAAAUAAAAAUUUAAAUCUGAA